AUGAGUUCGCGUGCUGCGUUUAUUCACUCGAACCAGACAUUUGGCGUAGGAUGCAGUCGGCAGUCGCAUUCGACCCGCUUUAAAAUUCCUGCAUUUUCAGAUUUCAGACAAUUUGCGGACGAGCCUCUGCAACUAGUUAAACCAGACCUAUACCACAAAAGGCUCGUGUUGGUGAAGGAAAACAUAAAGGUCGUGUCUAAAAUUGAGGGGCCCGUGGCGACCAUAGCCGUCGUCGGGAAGUUCCACUCCGGCAAGUCUUUCCUCAUGAACCAACUGAUGGGGAAGACCAAGGGAUUCGGAAUAGGCCCCACGGUCCGACCUGAAACGAUGGGCAUCUGGAUGUGGCGACAGCCACUGAAGGUCAGGCUACCCUCAGGGCAGAAUUUAUCUCUAAUCUUCUUGGACACUGAAGGCUUUGCCGCAAACAAUGUCUCUGAAAACUAUGACGCCAAGAUUUUUGCUGUUGCAACCCUUAUCAGCUCGCACCUGAUCUACAACUCAGUCAAGAUAAUCGACCAAGCUGACAUUGACUACCUGGAGCUGUUGGCCAGACGCACACAGCUCUUUGCCUUGCGGUCGCAAUUGUCUCGUGUCAAAUGGACCGACGGUUUCGUCCAUGAUCUGCUCAGCUUUCCGCCACUGUUUUGGGUGGUGCAGGACUUUGUGCAGACAACUCUUGACAAUGAGACACCUACCCAGUGGUUGCACCGGCUCAUGGAAACUCACAGCAGAGAGAGCGAAGACUACAAGAUCAGCCUUCUUGAUAUUUUUAAAUCGCUGGAGUGUCACACUCUCUUUUUGCCUGCCGUCAAGCGCCUUCUUCUGACUGAUUUAUCCGAGGCCAGGGAAGAAGACCUCACAGAAGAGUACAUUGAGGAGAGAGAUGCUCUUUCUAAAAAGCUCCUUGCAACCUUAGUGCCAAAGACAAAGAAUGGAAGACCAAUCACAGGAGCUGAACUCGUCACACUUUUUGAGGUCCUUGUGGAGGCCUCUAAUGAUGGCUCUCUUGCUGAUGUACCAAGCCGUUGGACUUCCUUUGUCGAACGAAUAAUGGAUUCUUCUACCGAAGACUGCACUCACUUCUAUGAGUCUGAGAUGCAAGUCCUUUUUAAGAAAAACGACGACGGACCUGUCAAAGAAGGUGUCCUUGUGGAGUGGCAUGCUCAAGUAAAGAAGAAAUCAUUCACUCUUCUUACACAGUUGCUGCAUGGGUUGUCAGAUGCCCUCGAGUCGGCAAGCACUCAGCAAGGAAAGAACCUGGAAAGACUUCAUGCCAGGCAGCGACACUUGAACUCCAAGAAGGUUCGGCUCUUCUGCUCCAACCAGGAACAGAAAUAUUUGCUCACUGCUGAAGGUCAUGCCAGGGGCAUUGCCCUCCCCAUCAACUCUGCCAUACUUGAGCGAGACCUCGGUGCCUAUGCCGAGAGUCUAGUCACGGACUUUGCCAAGGAACUGGAUAGUGUUCUUGAGGAAGGGGACAAGAAGACAUACACCAGAUCACUCAAGCAAUCACUUGCGCAUUUGAUCGAUGCCACCCAACUCCAGAAUGAGCUUUUCUUGGAAGCUGUCUUUGAGAAAGCUGUGGCUGCAGCGUCUGAUACCUGCUCAUCUAAAGCUGUCGUAUCAGAAGCUCUAACUGAUCAGCAACUGACGAGAGCAGCAAAAGAAGGGAUGGACGCUGCUUUUCAGGUUUUCAAUUCAGAAUGCAAGAGGUUCUCAAGCGAAAAGAAGUAUGGUCUUCAUGAAGCACUGCUGAAGGAUGUUAUAAACCGUCGAAUGGAAGACCUUAGAAAAGAGAAUGAUCAAUUCAUCUCAAAACUCAUGGCUGAUACUACAAGGAAACUCGUGGAAAGGUUUGCUGAGAGAACUGGACCGCAGCAUCUGUCCUUACCAGUGAAUGAUGCUGACCUUGAUCUAAGGCUCCUACAAGAGGCCCGUACCUCGCACGCAGAGUUCAGACGCUCCCUGGGUGCCUUCCAGACUUCGCCCGAGUACAAAAAGUCUUCACAAGAGCUGCUGGAAAAACUGAGGUCCGUGGAGAAGCAACGCAGAACCGAGAAUGUGGCCGCAUUCACACGUGUCGUCGGAGAGCCCCUGAGACGGGCCAAGCAGAUAAUCCUGCUCUCUGCCGACAAGUUCGGAACCGAGUUUACUCUACGUUCUUUUAUCAUGGACAUGUGCCUUCUUCAGCUCGGGGGGAAAGCCAAAGUUCUGGCAGCAGGACCUCAAGAGGAAUAUUGUGAACAACUUCAUGAACUCUGACCCCGAAUUAAGGCAAAGGAUAGACAGCAUCAAGGGAUUUUGGUCGAGUGUGGUUGGCUUCUUUCUCUGGAUUCUUUGGCUGAUUGGAUUCUGAUACUUUGCGAAAUUUAAGUGCGACAUUUUUUAUUCCUUAACAUUUAUGGAAGUCCCGUAUGUUCAAUGAAGACCUGUCUUAUAGCAAGCUACUUUAGGGUUAUAGUAAAUGAUGAACAUGUUAUUGAUAGAUGGCGGAUUCUGAUACUUCAAAAACUUUUAGUUCGACAUAUUUCCUUUUCUUAACAUUUGUGGAAGUACCUUCAAUGAAGAUUUGUCUUAUAGUAAGCUAUUUUUUGGGUGACACUGUCUAUAGUAUAUGAUGCACAAUGCUAUCGAUAGAUGGCUACAAUAAAGUGCAGAUGUGAUAUCUUGAUAUCUCUGAGGAUAUGGUUUAUCUGGAUGUGGAAGGUCACAGUAAUGCGAAAAUGAUGUAUAAUAUCCAAACUCCUUGUUUCUGGUUGUUUUUGCUCUGCAGAAUAUAGUUUCUUUUGAUCUAUGCAAUUUUUCUUAUGUUUAUGGUGGCUGGAGUUGCACCAAUCAACUCUCUCAUUGUGCUGAUGAAAUAAAUGCUACAUAUUUGAUUAUCUUGUAAAAA